AUGUUGACAUUGAAAAGUUCAGUUUCAAACGGCAUCAACUUCCCCUUCCAAGCCUCCCACCGCAUACGAGGCCCGAAUGUCAUAUCUAACGAGACUAUUCCUGACGUGCUCUCUGUCUAUCCGUAUUUGCUUGCUCAAGGCGAGUCUGUCUCCCUGAAAGCGAACAGUAAGGUCGAAGACCUCACUCGAGAACUCGAGAACAACAGCAUCAUCUACUUGACGUCCAGCAUCAAAGCCUACACACAGCCACGAAGCUGCAAAAGACUUGGAUUGAUGGUUUUGGCAGAUCGAAACGGCCGACCUGCACACCAUGGUGCAUCAGCCACACCACUACUCAAAGACGCCUUGGACCCCAACGAGCCCAUACCAGAUACACAUGGCUUCUACUUCACCCAUUCCGAACGAGUGCGCACAGCCGUGUGGAUCUUUUACCAAUUCAGCAAAGAUCCAACGGUAGAGCAAAUGUCCCUGUAUAAUGCCCCUGACCCACUUACAACUCAUGUAUCCAAGUUUCACCCCGUCCUCAGUCCCGCCAGCUCUCUAUUCCCGCAUUUGAACCAAUUCGCCGUGUCAGUCCAGAGUACCCUUCUCAAUACAGCGUCUCCGACCAUUAAUCACCCUGCAGACCCGCCGCAAAAGCUCUUCGCCUUUCGCCGUACCCAUACCCAGCACGUCUGCCUCGAGCGCUGGAACCAGCAUCUCCUCUUUUUCGUCAUCUGCUAUUUCAUCCACCACUUUGUCCACCACAAGUAG